AACCCAGUUCUUACGUCACAAUAUGGCGGUGCUCUGAACGGUUGAUCAGCUGAGAGGCAGAAACAAUCGAAUAAAGUGAAGUGGUUUCAAGAGAUAUGGCCAAAACCUCAAAGGAACCACCGGAAGUAACCAUGGCCAAAAACUUUCAAGUGGUGGAUUCAGGGGAGGAUCCGUUGAGGAGAGAGAUGGUGGUCACACCGCCUAAAGAAAGCAGCAGUGCCUCCCCCACCUCUGCUCCAGUGUUUGUUGCCAUGUACUUAGGCAGUGCCAUUCUCGACAGGCGGUACCCGCCACAGUUUGUGAUGCCUUGGGUUAUGGCAGAGGUAAAGCGUCGAAAAUCAGCCUUCCAGGAAGUGACCUUAGAGGUCAAAGAACAUGUGCUAUGUGCCAGAAAGUUCAGCAAUGAGAGUGUUUUGUUUGAGCACAAACUCACGUGUAUGACUAGGUUUGCUAAGACUCACCAGGAUCCACGAUGCUUUGCAUACCUGAGUAGGCAGAAUUUGUAUUGUGAUUAUGAAUGCCAUGUUUUCCUGGCUCAUGAUGAGGCAAUGGUCCCUGAACUGUUCAGCACAAUCCAGGAAGCCACCAGAAGAGACCUGUUUGUGGACAUGGGUGAAAACAAAAUGAAUGAACCAGCUAAAGCUUUUUAUGAAGUUCUGUAUCUCGGCAAGGCUAAACUGAACACAAAAAAGAUCACUUGUGAUCAGGUCGACAAAAUGUGCAAUCGCUUGGAGAAACAGAGACUGGAAAGAAAAUUAAAACAGCGAGAGACUGAAAUAGAAAGGAAGCGACAUGGCAGCGGGGUCAGUGUCAAAAGUUUGCCAGCCAAUCUAGAGAGUUCCGUCACUGUAACCGAGAACGAGCUCGAGAAACAGGCCCUCAGUUCAGGAAUACAAACCGACAGUCCGAGCAACAGUACGGACGAGUUCAGCUCCUCCGAGAAUGUACUGGAGAAUUCGUCUGGUAGUCUAGUGAACUCUUUUGGUCAGUACAGUUCAGACAAUUCCAAAGAGGACCUUUGUGAUUGUCCUAACACAGCAGGGAAUGGGGAUGGGAAUGCUAAAGAUCUUCAUGUACACUUUAAUGAACCUAUCGACAGUACUAGUGAAAGUUCUAGUGAUCCUAACAGGGCAAUGCUUUUCAGACUGGGGGGUAGUGAGAUUUCACUAAUAAGUCUGGACAAAAAACAUACUAUACUGGAGAAGCAGUUUAAGGACAUCGCCUCUGUUUCACAGGGGAAGGAAAAAUCUGACACUUUUGGAUUCAUUGCCAGAGAGAACGGAAAUGUCUUUGUGUGUUAUCUGAUGAAAUGUCAUAAUUUCACCAUUGUGGAUGAGAUAAUGAUGGUUCUAAGAUCAGCAUUCCGCAGUGCUUAUGAGCAGCGACAGCAGAUCUGUAUAAUGUGUCCUCUUCAUCAACUCCACCGUCUUUGUCAGGAAAUCAAUGGACUGGACCCUCAAGAAGCCCACAAGCGUUUAAUGGAUUGUGUGCUGAAUCUUCCAGAGAAAGACUCCAACACCAUUCACACAGUGCUGAAGACUGAGAACCCUCAGAGUUAUGAAGAAAUGGUGGAGGUUUUGAUGAUAGAACUGCGCAAGUUGUGUGAAUUGAAACAACAGGAUCACUCCCACAUCUCUGACCCCAACAAGCCACACUUCAAACAAGAGUUUAGUUUGUUCGAGAAUCGCCGUCCAAGUGUUGGAGUAGCUGCAUUUGGGAAUUUUAAGAAAAGCCUGACCAAUUCCUUUGAAAACUUCAUGGCCAAAGUGCCACACAAAAAGCCAAAUGAAGCACUGGAGCGGUUUCGACACCGCAGCGGUACGGCUGAUAGCGGACAGAGAAAGCCAAACGAAGCUCGAGACAGAUUUCGACAUCGAAGUGGUACUACUGAGAGUGAGAGCAGCUUCUCUAAGUCUUUGGAUUCAUCAGUGUGCUCCACCCCUGAUGCCUCCCCCAUGCCGUCCCCAGCUGCGGUGAAGGAGGUUCACUUUAGCUUUCCUAGUCCUCCAUCAUCUCCAAAAUGUCGUCCUAGGAGUUCUACAGAGGGGGCAUUACCCGACUCGGAUAUGGCCUUCAGAUUCAAUAAGUCACACUUGGACAAGUCCUCAGAAAUUGGAGAACACCCUGGCCGCAGAACUAACAUGAAUAGUCCAAUGAAACAAAUGUUUCUACUGUCAGAGGGUGGGGGGGCUCCAGGCAGUUUGUCUAAACGUCGACAGAGUGCCUCUCCGUCCCUACAGGGAGGGAGUGGAGACACCCCCAAGACUGCCAGACGUGGAUCCUGGAGGCAGGCCAUAUUUAACAGAGUUGUCACCCCUGUGAGACCCACAGACAAACCUCCAAUUGUGUUAGAAAAAACAGAGACAGAGAGUACAAAACCUGGCAAUAUCAGAAGCCCUGAGGAAUUACGAACUUUGUGGAAGAAAGCCAUUCAGCAGACUGUGUUACUUCUGAAGAUAGAGAAGGAAAAGCAGGACAUCAAGAAGGUGUUUGUCCUGAGUGGAAAUAAAUCAUUGAAAGUCUUCCCAGCUCGCCAGCAGGAGGAGGAAAUGUCACCGAUUUUGAACUAUGAGGAGAUAACUCCAUGUCUAAGGGAUGUCACCAAGGAAUGGGAAGACAUGAUUGAUGACUCGAACAGGCCCUACAUGCAGUUUAAUCAACAGACUCUACUCAAGUGUGUUCAACAAGGUGUACCCAAGACUCAUCGUGGUGCCAUCUGGUGGCUGCUGACUGAACAGCACAAGCUUCAUUAUCCAGGGACAGAAAGCCAUACUCCCUCAAAAUCCUACAGUGAGCUACUGAAGGACCUCACCGAGUACCAGCACAACAUACUCAUAGAUCUAGGUCGGACAUUCCCUGGCCACCCGUACUUCUCCACACAGCUUGGCCCUGGUCAACUGUCCUUGUACAAUCUACUGAAGGCUUACAGCCUGUUAGAUAAGGACGUAGGCUAUUGUCAGGGCCUCAGCUUCAUAGCUGGGAUACUCCUCAUGCACAUGGAGGAAGAGCAUGCGUUUGAGACUCUGAGACACAUGAUGUUUAACCUGGGUCUGAGGAAACAGUUUCAACCCAACAUGAUGCCAUUACAGGUGCAGCUAUACCAAUUGACAAGGUUGAUACAUGACAAUUACAAAGACUUACAUGACCAUUUUGAGGAGCACGAGAUAGCCCCCAAUCUAUACGCUGCACCAUGGUUCCUGACGGUGUUCGCCUCACAGUUCCCUCUGGGUUUUGUUUCCAGAGUCUUUGAUUUAUUGCUGAUCCAAGGUGUGGAGAUCCUGCUGAAGAUUGCUAUAGUGUUGCUAGGCAACCACAAGGAGCUUAUCCUGCAGUGUGACUCAUUUGAGUCAAUCGUAGAAUUCAUAAAAACGACUCUGCCAGAAAUGGGAAUCAUUCAGAUGGAGAGAGUGAUUAAUCAGGUGUUUGAGUUGGAAAUCAGUAAACAGCUUCAGGCAUAUGAAGUGGAGUACCAUGUCCUUCGAGAAGAAAUGCUUUUCUCUCCUCAAAGAGGAGAAACGGACUUAAACCAAAAACUGGAGGACGCUAAUCGUAAUCUGAAACAACAGAACAUGGAACUGCUGGAAAAAAUCCAACACAUUCAUAGUCACCACAGAAGCCUGGAAAUCACAAUUCACAACCUACAGACAAAUGAAUCCAAGUUAAAAAGUCACAUAAAGACUUUGGAGCUGGAGAGAAAAGCUCUGCUGAACGCGGUGACGAAGCUGAGGUCACUGGUUCCCGAUGAAGAAUACUUGAAGUUGGACAUUUCACUUCCUCCUUUGUCCCCCAGUCUUUCCUCCUCUCCCAUCCACCAGCCCAACACAAAUAAUUCCAUCCGAGGUGCUAUCAAGAAAGUGGUGGGAAAGAGCCUUAGUUCUCCGCUAGCUGAGCUAGGAUCAAAGCAGUUUCAAUUUGAGUGAUUGCGUCUGUGAUUUCCAUAUUUAUUUAAGUUUAACAUGAGGAUUUUAAUUUUAGAAACAUGGUUCCUUAGGUAUUCCAAUGUAAGCUAGAUGCUGUUAAAAGUUUAAUUGGAAAUGAUUUCCAAAUAUUUUAGUACAAGUUUUUUGAAAAUCUCAUUUCAUUGCCUGACAGCUACAAGAUGUAAAGGUCAUCAUGUUGUAUAAAUAGUUCUAAAAAUACUCAUGAUGGGUGGGAAAUACUCUAUAACUGACGAGACAAAGCGUGAUCUCUAGAACAAAACAAUGCAAGUAUCAUAAUACACUGUAUAUGUAUAUA